AUGGCACCAAACAAAAAGGUUCUCAUCAUCCUCUCUGACGCCAGCUCUUUCCCUCUAUACAACACGGGUAGCGAUGGGAAAACAGUCUCACAGGAUUCUGGCUAUUUUCUCAUGGAGCUCGCCAAACCACUAUCCAAGAUUCUAGACGCAGGCUAUGAAGUUACGUUUGCAUCGCCCGAGGGCAAAGAACCCACACCAGACCCUUUGAGCGUGUCACUCGCCGCCUUUGCAGGCAACUACUACGAGAAGCAGCGCGAACUGAACCUGAUUGAAAGGAUGAAGAAGGAAAACGGAUUCUCAAGCCCAAGGAAGUUUGCUGAAAUCAGCGAUGAGGAGCUCAAGGGCUUCGGCGGUGUCUUCAUUCCUGGAGGACAUGCACCUCUAAGGGAUCUCGGAGACAAUGCAGAUCUGGGUCGUGUGCUAUCGCAUUUUCACGGCGAGUCGAAGCCCACAGCAGCCAUCUGCCAUGGCCCGUGGGCGUUUUUGUCGACUAAGUAUGGACCUAAGAAGGAAUUUGAAUAUAAGGGGUACAAGAUGACGAGCUGGUCAGAUGCAGAGGAGAAGAUGAUGGAGACGAUGUUGAGGGGUGAGAUUGAUAAGGUUGAGAGUACGCUGAAGGAAGAAGGUGCUGAUAUGCAGGAGGGUAUCGGGAAAAGUCUGGGCAGCAUCACUGUAGAUAGGGAGCUUGUAACGGGAGAUAACCCGAUGGCGGCGAAUGCUCUUGGAGAUAAGUUUUUGGAGAUGCUGGCUGCAAGAUGA